CCUAAUGGUGAAAAUGUAUUAGUGCAAACUUAUAUUUUCAACUACAUUUCGAUUAGAAAGUCAAAAUGGCGUCUGGAAACAACUCCCAUGAGAGCCUUGCUGGCGUCAUUAUCGAAAAACUGCAACUCCCGGAUCAAAUAUUGAAAAUUCUCACAGACAGCGGUAUCGAAUUGGAGCAGCUCACCAAUAUAAACAAAGACGGCCUGGCACAAAUUAUUGAUCCACAAGAGUGGAAUGUUGACGAAGUUUUUGCUCGUCUGACGCGCUGGAGGCAGGAACAGGGCUUUCAACUACUGGGCUUUGAAGCCGUGGAGCUCAGCAGCGAAUCACUGCCACCACCGAGUCCGCCGCUAUCGCCGGCACCAUCGUCAAUCAUCAUCGAAGAUUAUCUUUCCGACGAGGGUACUGAAACGGAUCCCAAAGUGAUUCCGGCUACGAGUCCCAAAGUGACUCCGGAACCCAUCAUCGAAGCAGAAAAGCCAGCCGAUUCCCCAUCAUCGAAACCCAGUCAGGAGGAAAAGUCGUCGGAUGCCUCUGUUGUUGGCGAGGUUGUUCGCGACGUUGAGCGACACGAGCGGCACCCACUGAAAGAGGUGUGGAAUGCUCCGGGAACGUCGUCGGCUGCUGUUGCCGCCCAGAGCAAGUAUUUUACCCCGCAGCACAUUGACCGGACAGGACAUAAGAAAAAGAGGAGCUUCUGGGCCGCUCUCGACCGACAGCCAAAGGGAGCAGGUCCAAAUUCUCACCGAGCAUCACUGCAACGCUGGGAAAAGAGCCAAGGAAGAAUGCUUGGCGGAAUAUGCGGAAUGCAUCGUGGCGCUUUUUAAAUACGAGAAGGCUGGAACAUACUACAUCCCUCGCGCUGGUGGGAGGAAAAACCCCGGCGGCAAGCUGUAUAACAAAAUCGUCAACAGCAGGCAGAAAGCUGCUAAAAGGAAACUGCGCGAAGAAGCUCAUCUGGCCAUCAAGAAACCAGC